AUGUCUGAUGAUGGAGUAUCGUCCACAUCCCAAUCACAGCUUCUUUCGACCUCCACUCUACCCCAAUCACGUGCGUCCAGCAAGCAGAUCCAGCAAAUUUACAAACAAGCUUCUCAACUCUUCCUCACCCGCAGACUACAGGAGGCUCUUUCGGUAAUCGAGCCACUAAUAACUGCUUCACCUGACCUGGCUAAGCAGGAAAAUACAAAUGGAACCAGCGUCGAGACCGGGCCGUUUGCGCCCAUCGCCAUGGUACCAAGCACUCUGCGAAUCAAAGUCUGGAAUCUCUAUAUCACAUUAUUGAGUUCCAUUGUCGAUCUGGGGCCGGAAGAGGGCAAAAAGGAAAUUGGUCAGAAGGAGUGGAAAUCACUGGCCUCCAGGGUCCGCGACGGAGAAGUCUGGGAGGCUGUAGUUCAGGUUGGCUACAAAGGAAGAGAAGGUUCCGUCGAUGCAGAUGUUGUUUAUAACUUGGCAACCCUUCUUCUAAAUCACUCUCCAACCCAGACAUUGAACCAAGAGCGGCUCGAAAAUUAUCUAGCAUCGUACGGCCGUCCAGAAUUGAACUUUGAUUUUAUCGAAGAUUCAUCUCCUACAAAACGAAAGCGAAGAAUAGCUUCUUCUAGGGGUGCAGAUACUCCGAAGGAUUUAACAAUUCGAGUGAGAUUACUUGAAUUGUUCACUUUACACAUUCUACCUCGAAACGACGAAUGGGACUACGCAAAAGAAUUUAUCAACCUAAGUGAAGUACUUGACGAUGAGAGAAAAGAGACUUUUCUUCAGACCUUGGACAAUUUGCAGCAAAAUAAGGAACAAGAUGCGCAACGUGCCGCAGAGCUCCAGAAAGAAAAGGAAGAGGAGCUAGAACGACAGCGCCGUCGGCAGGAGGAAGAGGAGGAGGAGGAGGCAAAGAGAAAAUUAGAGGAGCAGCAGCGUCAGAAAGAGGUGCAACAACAAAAGCGAGGAGCCGAGGUACAAGCAACUAGUGACAGUACGGUAAACGGCCACACGAGAAUAGCCAGCGAAGUAGAUUACGGUAUCGAGCACACUAAUCCAAAUAGUCAUCUCAAAACUCCACGGGGAACAAAGCCAGCCAUAAAAUCCUAUUCGCGCUCACCAGAACCCUCAAAACGAAGCAAGAAAAAGGAGCAAUCGAAACCUGGCGCCCUGAGACAAGUCCAGCAUCUGAGCAGCUUACUGAUUACCCUUUUGAAACGUAUGAUCAAAUCGAUGUCUUUGAGUCCGAUGUUCCUUUUGCGAGUCGUUCUGGUUGUGACGGGUAUAAUAAUGGCGUUAGGACGGCCGGAUAUUCGUGAACGGAUACGUCGAGUUACCGGUUCCGGUUGGCAGAAAAUUCGGGGAACCGUUGGGAUGGGCGUCAAAGUGAGCUAUAUAUAA